AUGGCAUCGUCUUCGGACGAUGAUAAUGUUUAUUACGCAUUAGGAUCACAAGCAGGUGCAGCUAAUUAUGAUGAUGGUGUUGAUGAAGAGAGUGAGGAUGAUGGUGAGGUAAUGGAGUCUAAUUCAGAAGAUGAAGGUUCAGCAACAUCCGAUAUAGAGAAUGAUACAUUUGUUGAUGACAAACAUCAAAAAUGGAAAAAGGGUUCAAUCAAAUCAAAGGUGCCAGAAUUUGAUAGCAAAGUUGAUUUAAUAGUUGAUUUACCAAAAGAUCCUCGUCCAUUUGAUUAUUUUCGUUUAUUUUUCACGUCAUCUAUGAUUAAAUAUAUUAUCGAUCAAUCAAACUUGUAUCGCACUCAACAGCAACUGCAACAGGAGCCAAUGAAUGAACAAGAUCUAUUUUCUUUUCGAUUGAAGAAGUUUAUUUGA